AUGCGUUUGCUUCUCUUUCUUGGCAUUUUCUUUGUUUUAACGAUAUUUUGUGAAGACGAAUCAACAACAAAGCCAGAUGAAGAGACAACAACGGAGAAUCUAGAUCAGACAACGACAGUCGAGAAUCCAGAUCAGACAACGACAGUCGAGAAUCUAGAUGAGACGACAACUCAAGGUGAUGGAGAUCUCACAACUGAAGCUUCCACUGAUCAACCGACAACAGAGAACCCGUUUGAUUUUGAGGAUGAUGAGACAGAAGAAGAGGAGAUCAACGAGAUUGUGGCGCAAGAACCGAUCCCCGAUCAGACGCCGAUUGGAGAGUUCGUCGUUGAAGUCAAAUUGGAACCGCUGGAAUUGGAUUCCGAUGAUGAGAAAGAGCUUGAUGAUCACAAAGAUGAUUUCAUCAAAUUCCACAAAAAAUUCAAACAAAACAUCAAAAAAGCCAAAUUGAAAGAAGCCGCGAAAAACUUCAAAGCGAACAAUAAAAAGCUUCGAGCGAAGAGGAAAUUAAAGAAGAACUUCAAAUUGGGAAUGCAUCCAUUUAUGCAUUUAUCUGAUGAAAAGAUCCAAAAGCUGUUCAUGAAGAAAUCCCAAAUUGUGAAACAAAAGAAACCGAAAUUGAAAAAAGUGGGCAAUCAAAGGAAAACGCCGAAGAAAGCGCAGCCAAAGAAAGCACAGCCGAAGAAAGCACAGCCAAAGAAGGCUGCCCAAAGAGCGCCACCUCGUGCUCCGGCACAGAAGAAAAGAGCUCUCAAAGCGGCUGUUCUUCCAAAAGCGUUCGAUUGGCGAACGAAAAAUGUGUUGAAUGCGGUGAAAGAUCAAGGGUCUUGUGGAAGUUGUUGGACAUUCAGUGCCACUGUUACCGUUGAAGCAAACUACGCAAUGAAAUACAAAAAGAAGAUCGAUUUGUCGGAACAACAAUUGACGUGUGUCUACAAUGAAAGCACAAUUUGCGAGGGAGGAUUCCCGGAUGAGGCGUUGAAAUAUUUGCAAACACAUGGCGGUCAAACAACUGAGGCUGCUUUCCCCUACUCUCAAGCACACAAAUCUACGUGUAAAAAGGUCACUCCGAAAGCUUUGGUGGCAAGUGUGGGCGAUUUGUUGCCUUUCGGAAUGGCAAAAGUGAAACAAGCAUUGAUCAAGAAUGGACCGAUUUCGUUUGGAAUGUUUGUGAACGAUGACUUCAUGAACUACGAAGCGGGAAUCUUCGACAGUCCUUGUACGGCAAAAGAUGAUGGAGGACAUGCAAUGGCGAUUGUUGGAUACGGUCAAGAAGCCGGUGUCCCGUAUUGGAUUGUGAGGAAUCAAUGGGGGAGAGAUUGGGGAGAGAAUGGACAUAUUAGGAUCAAAGCCGGUCAGAACCUUUGCGAUAUCGAGUCCUGGUUUAUGAUACAAGCAAAAGUGAAA